AUGAAUUGGUUUGGACAUCACUUUCCUAAUUGUCCUGAAGAUGUUUCCUUACUCAACGUGCACUCACCUGGGCCAUUUUCACUCAUACCAUCUGAAGAUGAACAUUGUAUUUCUAACUUGAGGAGCCAGGUAGCAGCCCAGGCCGUGGUGAAGCAACCUGUCCGUGGAGCCAGUGGCAGGACCACAGUCACGAUGGUUGUUCAGACUGGCGGGAAUUGGAGCACCGGCCUCUUCAGUGUCUGCAGAGAUAGGAGAAUCUGUUUCUGUGGCCUGUUUUGUCCAGUGUGUCUUGAGUGUGACACCGCCAGGCAUUAUGGAGAGUGCUUUUGUUGGCCAUUGUUACCUGGGUCUACUUUUGCACUGAGAAUUGGUACCCGAGAGAGACAUAAAAUACGGGGGACACUGUGUGAAGACUGGCUGGUGGUGCACUGCUGUUGGCCUUUCUCCAUCUGUCAGGUGGCCCGUGAACUCAACAUGAGGACUUCCCAACUCUACGAAAUCUGUGCACUCCCUAAGGACACUUUGAUUUGA